UACAUAUUCCUGCUGUCAUCUUAGUUUCCAUCAUGGUGAUCGGAAGAGUUGUGUGACCGUACCCUUCCUAUCACACUCAUUAUCAACAGCGUUAUUUCCAGCAGCUUCCAGAGCGAGCAAUCGUCGAGCAGCUGGAACAUGACAUGUUGUUUAUGACAUUAAAAUGUAAACAAACACCUGCGCAACAAUGUGGAAUUUACCUGCGUAGAAAAGUGCAAUUCAAAAUGUGCGUCACGUGGAAAACGGUCAUGUUUAUCGCCUCGCUCCUUUCAUGCAACGAAGCACUGUACGAUUGGCCGACCGAGGAAACGAGCAAAUCUAUCCUCAACUCCGGCUACAAGGAGUAUGAGUUCGAGCUAACGCAGACGAACAAUUUGUACCGUCAAGAUGUACUUCAAAAGUCGUGCCAGUACAACAUUACCGACGAUAUGAUGGACCGGAUAGAGCAGCUGAAACAGAUUCCCACCGAUCAUCUUCUAAUUGAUCGUGAGCAUAAAUUUCUCUACUGCUACGUUCCGAAGGUCGCUUGCACCAACUGGAAGCGUGUUAUGAUGAUACUGAUUAACAAAUGGAACGGUACCGAUCCAUUACAAAUUCCCGCUGAUCUGGCACAUUCGUCCGGAAUGUUUGAAACGUUUCAAUCGUUAAGCGACGAAGAAAAAAUUGCUGUGCUUGCCGAUUAUAAUCGCUUCAUUCUGGUUCGUCAUCCGUUCGAGAGACUGCUGUCAGCGUUUCGCAAUAAACUGGAGGGCAACUCAAAAAGUGCCAAAUACUUUCAGGCACGCAUCGGGAGAACCAUCAUAAAAUCAUUCCGGAUGCACGUCACAAACGAAUCGCUAAUAAAUGCGGAUGAUGUGCAGUUCAACGAGUUUGUGCAGUACUUACUUACGCCGGAUCUGAGCAAAAGCGGAAACAUGUCAUUCAAUGAGCACUGGGAACCCAUUUCGCACCUUUGCCAUCCCUGCUUGGUGCACUACAAUGUCAUAGGCAAAUACGAAACACUGACGGAUGAUUCCUCUCUAGCACUGCAUCUGGCCGGUGCGGAAGGCUUGAGCUUUCCCGCGGUUUACAAAUCGUCCAGCACACGGGAACGGUUGAAGCACUACUUUAACGACAUUCCUACAGAAACCUUGAAGCGGUUGUAUUUACUUUACGAGGAGGAUUUUAAAAACUUUGAUUACAGUUUGGAGGAAAUAUUCGGCUAUGAGCUCGUUUAAGGGAUACAAUUAGCAUUUAGACAAUACUUACAGGUAAGUUGGCUCUCAUAAGUUGAUAGUAACAGGUUUUAGGGCAGUUGGUGUACUUAUUAACAGCAAACAAAACAGGGAAGUUACAGUGUUACGGUAUUAGGGUUGCAGGACAAUACAUGUGAUAUUAACAUUAAAUGUGCAAACUUUGUUGACAAUAUUUCUUACAGCAAUAAACAUUCUUACUGAUAUUUGUGCAAGAAUUUGUAAAAGAAGCUUUUUGCCCGGUUUAUAAUAAACCGCUUAAAAAUGUGUUAUUUAA